CUCCGGGAACGGGGCGGUGUCGGGAAGAAACGCGCAGCUCGUUCCCGUCUCCCGAAAUCGCAGCGCUCUUCGGGCAGCGCGGGCUGCGGGCUGUGCAGGGCUUGGGGUGCCAGGCUUGCACGGGUGGUGCAAGGAGACGAAAGCGAAGUCCUGCUGCUGACUUCUCCCAGCCCGGCUGGCAGGUUUAAAACCCAGCGUGCACACGUAGAGGCAAGCUGCAGCUACCACUGAAGGUCUGUUGACUUAGAGAAGGCUCGGAAGCAUGGAGAGCCUCUGUGCAGCAAACACCACUUUUGCUGUGGAGCUGUUAAGAAAGCUGUGUGAGAGGAACAGAGGGCAGAAUGUGUUCUUUUCACCAUUUAGUAUUUCUUCUGCUUUGUCUAUGGUUCUGCUGGGUUCAAGAGGUAGCACUGAAGCCCAAAUAAGCAAGGUGCUUUCUCUGAAGAAUGCCCAGGAUGCUCACAAUGGGUAUCAGUCCCUUCUCUCUGAAAUUAAUGAUCCAAACACCAAAUACAUCCUGAGAACUGCAAACCGGCUCUAUGGAGAAAAGACCUUUGAGUUUCUUGCAUCUUUCAUAGAGUCAAGUCAGAAAUCCUACCAUGCUGGCCUGGAGCAGAUGGACUUCCUUCAUGCUGCGGAGGAUUCCAGGAAACAAAUCAAUGGCUGGGUAGAGGAAAGAACUGAAGGUAAAAUCCAGAACCUGUUGGCAGAGGUUCUCAGUUCUCUGACCAGAUUUGUGUUGGUGAAUGCCAUCUAUUUCAAAGGCAACUGGGGAGAGCAGUUCAACAAACAGAGUACCAGAGAAUCCCCUUUUCCAAUCAAUAAGAACGAGACCAGACCUGUGCAGAUGAUGUUCAAGAAGGACAGAUUUAAGAUGGCUUACAUUGGGGACUUGCAGACCAAAAUCCUUGAGCUGCCCUAUGUGGGGCUCAGAAGCAUGGAGAGCCUCUGUGCAGCAAACAACUUUGCUGUGGAGCUGUUAAGAAAGCUGUGUGAGAAGAACAGUGGGCAGAAUGUGUUCUUUUCACCAUUUAGUAUUUCUUCUGCUUUGUCUAUGGUUCUGCUGGGUUCAAGAGGUAGCACUGAAGCCCAAAUAAGCAAGGUGCUUUCUCUGAAGAAUGCCCAGGAUGCUCACAAUGGGUAUCAAUCCCUUCUCUCUGAAAUUAAUGAUCCAAACACCAAAUACAUCCUGAGAACUGCAAACCGGCUCUAUGGAGAAAAGACCUUUGAGUUUCUUGCAUCUUUCAUAGAGUCGAGUCAGAAAUCCUACCAUGCUGGCCUGGAGCAGAUGGACUUCCUGCAUGCUGCGGAGGAUUCCAGGAAACAAAUCAAUGGCUGGGUAGAGGAAAGAACUGAAGGUAAAAUCCAGAACCUGUUGGCAGAGGGGAUUCUCAGUUCUCUGACCAGAUUUGUGUUGGUGAAUGCCAUCUAUUUCAAAGGCAACUGGGAAAAGCAGUUCAACAAACAGAGUACCAGAGAAUCCCCUUUCCAAAUCAAUAAGAACGAGACCAGACCUGUGCAGAUGAUGUUCAAGAAGGACAGAUUUAAGAUGGCCUACAUUGGGGACUUGCAGACCAAAAUCCUGGAGCUCCCCUAUGUGGGUAAUGAACUGAGCAUGAUCAUCCUGCUCCCUGAUGCAAUCCGGGAUGGAUCCACUGGCUUGGAAAGACUGGAGAAAGAACUUACAUAUGAGAAGCUAAUAGGUUGGAUCAGUCCUGAGAUGAUGAAGUCUAUAGAGGUGAGGGUGUCUUUACCCAGAUUUAAACUGGAAGAAGAUUACCAUCUAAAACCCCUUCUGAGCAGCAUGGGAAUGCCUGAUGCAUUUGAGCUGGGGAAGGCAGACUUCUCAGGAAUCUCAUCUGGCAAUGAGUUGGUGCUGUCUGAAGUGAUUCACAAGUCCUUUGUGGAAGUCAAUGAAGAAGGCACUGAAGCAGCUGCUGCCACAGCUAUCCUAGUGUUGGCAUGUCGUGCUCCAGUGCCCACUCCAGAAUUCACUGCUGACCAUCCCUUCCUCUUCUUCAUCCGGCACAACAAAACUUCCAGCAUUCUGUUCUGUGGCCGUUUUUGCCAUCCCUAAGGAGGAGAUGUCUUGGCAGCAUAGGUGCCAUUCCACAAUAAAUUUACAUUUCCCUUGAACUAGGUGAAUCCUUUUGCCUUAAUUGUAUCUUUCAGCUGUGCCUGAACUUCUGUAGUUGUGAUUCCCGCCUUCCUUUGCAUGAAUAACAGAGCUGUUUAGACAAACACAGCACCUGCCAAGUCCAACCCCCUCCUUGCCUGGGUGCAGAAGUCUUCAGGUUCUUGGUCACACAUUUGUAGCUGCCCUCCCCUUUUACCUUCCAGUCUCAUCCAUUUAAUGCCUUGAUCCAUUUCAGCCUGGAGCUGAAAGGAGUUUUUGGCAGCCUGUUCCAGCUAUUGCUGAGCAUCCUGCAUAGAUGUGGGUAUUUGAUGCUAACAAGUGGAGCAGCAUAUAGGCAAGAAUGGGAAUGAAAGUAUGCUUUUAUAGCAGAUGUCCCCGUGAGGUAUUUGUGGAGUGAGUGUCUUUCUUUCACCACCCCAGGACAGCUGAGUUUAUUGCCUGCCACCUGGUUCUGGUCCUUUAACAAAGAAUGUAACAAAAGGGCACAUGGUGUCUAUGCAAUGUUUGAAUGACAAAGCCUUGAUUUUAACUUUGUUUUGCUACUGUUCUAUGUUUAUGCUAUUAAUAUUUUCUUAGAAGCCAUUGUUUACCUGUAUAAUACCAGACACAGCUGCAACAGCUUUCCUUCCAUUGGGAUGUGU